CUCAAGUCUCAUCUUUUGAUCGUAGCUGAGAAGAGAAAAGAAGGAAAAUGGCGUUUGUGACAACUGCGGAAGUUUGUGACGCGAAUCAAGAGCUGAUUCGGAGUGGUCAGCUACGAGCUUUGCAACCCAUUUUCCAGAUUUAUGGCCGUCGACAAAUAUUCUCAGGACCAGUUGUUACUGUCAAAGUAUUUGAAGACAAUGGCUUAAUCCGUCAAUUCAUUGAGGAGAAAGGAAACGGUAGAGUUCUUGUGGUGGAUGGUGGAGGGAGUCAACGAUGUGCAAUACUCGGAGGUAACCCCGUGGUUCAAGCUCAGAACAACGGAUGGGCUGGAAUCGUUGUGAACGGAUGCAUCAGAGACGUCGAUGAGAUCAACGGUUGUGAUAUCGGAGUGAGAGCUUUGGCCUCUCAUCCGAUAAAGGCGAGUAAAAAGGGACUUGGAGAACAACGAGUUCCGGUUAAUAUUGCAGGGACUCGGAUUUGUGAUGGAGAAUGGCUUUAUGCAGAUACUGAUGGGAUUCUUGUCUCCCAAAUUGAGUUAUCCGUUUAAGAAAAAAGGCUCGUCUGGUUUUGGCUUUGAUCAGUUACAAAAAAAAAAAAAAAAAACAGAACUUGGUUUGUGUUCUUCUUCUUUUUACUUAAGAGAUUGUCAAAUUAUAAUGGAAAAUAAUUUCUGUUUUGAAUCAAGUAUCAUAUUAAUA